AUGGAAAACGACAACAAUCAAUACCUUCAAUAUUCCUUGGCUUUUGCCAUGUUUGCAGUUACCGCAAUUUUUGGAGUCGUGCCAAAUUUUGUAGGUAAUUUUCAAAAAAUUUCAAAACAAAAACAAAUUGCAGAUCGUUCGCUACAUGAAAAAACGUGAAAACGAGGAGAACAGUGCGCUUUCGUAUUUGACAUGUUUUGCUGGUGGUGUAUUUCUUGCCACGUGUUUUUUGGACAUUAUUCCUCAUAUAAAGUAAGUUUCGAAAAAAAAGAGGGAAAACAUUUUUCAGAAAAUUUUGAAAUUAUUUUGACAGGUGGAUUUACUAGAAAUUCCGGUGAGAAAAGUUUGAAACUGUAUUUUCAGUCAAAUUUUUCAAUUCCUAAAAUUCCACGUGGUCAAUUUGAAAUUCUAUUUCUUAAAACCAGAAUUCUGAAUUCCACGUAGCACUUCAGAAUUUCAAUUCCUAGAGUUUCACGUGGCAGUUCAAAAAGAAGUCCCUAUGAAUUCUAAAAUUCCAACUUCUAGAAAUAUUUCUGAUUCUGAAAAUCGAGAUUCGACAAAAUCCACGCGGCAUUAAUUUUCAGCGAAGGUUACGAAGAUCUACUCGCCACCUAUGAAUUAUCGUGGCAUUUUGCGUAUCCACAAUUUGUGACGUGUUGCGGCUUCUUUUUCAUUUAUUUUAUCGAGGAAUUUACGACUUUUGUUUUUGGAGCUGCGGGUACUGAAGCUCAACACGGUCAUUCACAUAAUUUACAAACACGGGCUGCGGAGAGAAAAGGAAGUAUCAAUAUUACAAAGUGAGUUAGCUUAAGUUUAGAGACGCAAGUCUUGUGAUAUCUGAAGAUCUAGAUUUUCAGCCUCAAAUUUUUUAAUAGUAAAAAUUUUGGUAAGAAUUAAUCCUAGUAGUUCAAAGUCUGAAUUUCUAAAUUCUAAAAAAUCACAAUCUUCAAAAAUUGCAGCCUUCGAGUAGAAGAAGCCUCCACGUGGGUAGUUUCGGACGAAAAAUCAAACAUUCUAAAAUCGCUGACAUUCGCCGUCGCAAUGUCACUUCACUCACUUCUGGAAGGUUUCGCUUUGGGAGUUCAGGAUUCGACUCAACGAAUUGUCGCCUUGUUUUUCUCACUUUUAUUGCAUAAAAGUGUCGAAGCGUUUUCGGUUGGUUUACAAAUUUCGAUGGCUAAUUCGAAUAAGGUGAGUGAAAAUAUUUUUUUAAAUUUUGAAAAUUUGAGCAUUUUCAGUCAUAUAAAAAAUCCUAAAUAGUGUAUUUCGAACUCAAAUUCGUCAAAAUCAGCUUGAGAACUAGUUUUGGAGUUCUAGGCCACCAAUUUUCAAACAUGUUCCUUUGAAAAUUCAAAAUUUGGGCAUAGCUUCCGCAUUCCAGCUGAAAUCCUUGUAAAAUGUGCUAAAAAUCAAUAAUUUCUCUAGAAAUUCUUGGAGAUAUUUUUACACGGUAUUCCAGAAAGUUCAGAACAAAAUUUGCAUUUUUCAAAAUUUCAGAUGCGCACAGUUUUGUCAACAAUUCUAAUCUACAGUAUGAUGGCUCCACUUGGCGCUGUCAUCGGCUCAAUUCUUCAAAAUGUCGAGACCAAUAUUUAUAAAGAAUGUGCAAUUUUAUUCCUAGAAAGUUUGGCAGCCGGUACUUUUAUUUAUGUCACAUUUAUUGAGGUUGGUGAAUUUUAUUAUAGAAAAAAUAGGAUUUUCCAAAACUCAAAAAUCUAGAUAAUGGCUUCUGAAAAAUCGAAUCAAUUCAAUCAUCUCAAACAAUUAUUCUGGAUUAUUGUCGGUUUUGCGUUGGUCACAAUUUUGCAAAUUUUCAUGGGACACGAACACGGAUCAGAAGGACACGCUCAUUCACAUCCACAUAUUGAACAUAAUCACAAUAAUCAUACACAUCAUUAA